UUAAUGUAUUCGAUUUGAGACGGUAUAAAAAUGUUGAUUUUGCCAACAGAGCCUCUCCUAUUCUGGAUCUUAAACAGAUGAUGCUAUCAAUAUUAUCAUAAAGUCUGAUGGACAUUUGUUGUGACUGACAGUUUGAAACAUAAGGACUAUCAUCUUGUUACAGGAAAGGAAUGCAUCUAAACAGGAAUAGGACCGAUUUCAGUAUUAUUUUGUUCAGUAAUAGGCUACUGUAUGCUUGUAAAACGUAUGAAUAUUCUGAAUGAAAGGAUGCUUGCUUGUUUUUUUGGUUUAAUUUAGUAUUGGAAGACUUUUAUUGAAAAGUGUUUAACAUCAACGAACAGUUGGUGAACUCUUUGAAAUACACAGUAUAAGCUAACUAGCUUAGCAUAGAAGCUGACCUAUGGAUGUUUUUUUUUUUUUUACAGAACAUGAACGUAAAACCAAAGAACCGAAUGCUAACCUAAAUUUACGUUGUGUGAUCAAACAAGGGAUAUUACAGAUUUGCUGACGUGUCCACCUCAUCUGCUCAUGCUCGGGCGUAUUUGGCCGUCAGUGGCAACAAAUCUGCCAGCAUGGCAGCACAUAAAACAUACUUACUAGUUUUUUUUGUAUUUGCAAAUACUUUAAAUUCUAAGGCCUCUGUGGAAAGACGAUUUUCCGACUAUAAAAGAUGCGCCGACGAGGAGUGCAGCAUGCUCCUAUGCCGGGGGAAGGCUGUCAGGGACUUCUAUGGAAUCGACUGUCGUUUCCUGACUUUUAAGGAAGGAGAGACAAUAUAUGUCUACUAUAAACUAUCUGGCAAAAAGACGGAUGUAUGGGCAGGCAGUGUUGGCAGUCGCUUUGGCUAUUUCCCAAAGGACCUUUUGGCAAUAAACCAUAUAUACACUGAAAAGGAAUUUGAGAUACCUGCAGAGGAAACAGACUUUGUGUGCUUUGAAACUGGACUCGACAAAUUUGACAACUACGAUAUCGAUUCCUUGCUGAGAGCCUCUUUAUCAUCAUCCGGGGAGAACCAUAGGGGCAACAUUGUAGAUCAGAACACAAGUCCAGAUAAGACCACUGUUGAAGUUGAGUCGUCCCGCAUAGUAACUUUGAUAAAAGGCGAUCAAAUUGAGAGCGACAUCUCUCCAGUAAUUGAUGAGGACAGCUUGUUUGGUGAGUUAAAGAGGGGCAGUGAACUAGCUGAUAGUGGUCCUUCAGGAUUAUCUUGGUCUGAAUCAUGGACAAACCCAACUUUAGACACAAAGACAGUGGAAUCUGAAGCGAUUGACUCAGAGCAUGGUAAAACCAAAGAUUCUCCCCCAGAUCCCGAGGAUGAAAAUCUGACCCAAAAUGAGUCUCUUUUAGAAAAUCAAGCUAUGGGAUUUUCAGAAGGUAGACCUAUCCCUGAGUUGAAAACAACACUUGGAACUACAUUUGAUGCUGUCACUUCUGAUGAUGAGGAAACUGAGAAGGUUACCUCUUAUGAAAAGAUGAGUGAAAAAGUAGACCAUCCUUCUUAUGCUGAAAGCGAGUUCCCAAGAGAAAUUCCAUUACUGUCUCUCCCUGAUGAAAGUUCUGUUUUGGAACAAAAGGACACUUUGCCAUCUGAGCAAGCAGAGGAAGAGGACAGUCAUGUGGACACACAUCAGGACGAACAGGCCUCAGAGGACAAGAACAUGUGGACAUCACUUGGGGACAAAGUUUUUGCAAUUGUUAGUGGAGGACCAAGAACAGCUAAUGUGCCUAAUUCAGAGGAGGAAGAUGAAGACAAGGAAGAGAUUGUCUCAGAAACCACUCUAAAGAACCCUUCUCACACACCACAAGAAUUUGAGGAGAGGAAAGGACAGCAGGAUCCAGAGGAGACAAGCAAGUCUGGUGAGCACAGUGUUGAAGACUCAAAUCAGUUGAAAUCAGUAAUGAGCAACAGACCUGAUAGCCCAUCAUUAUUUCAUAUUGAUGAGCAAAGAUCUGCUGAACAGACUGAAAAUGUCUUAGCAGACUCUCUUAUCAUUCCAACAACUGAAAACCCAGCUGAUCUAAAUACUGUCUCUGAGAGAAAUACCAAGGAAUUGGAGGACAUAGUCAAAUAUGUAGAUAUAGUCAAAACCACAAACGAGGAAAGCCAUAAAGACUUGCCUCUAGAAAACGAGGAAAUUAAAAAGGAUACAAUCACAGAUUAUUCUGAACAGAAAGAAACAAAAUUCAGACGAUUCAAAGAACACUUGAUCAUUGAUUUGAAGAAAGAUGCACCAAAGGACUUCCCAGGCCUGGAUGAGGCCCUAAAUCUGGAUGAGGCACCAGGCCCAGAGGAGGCAUCAGGUCCAGAGGAGGCACCAGGCCCGGAGGAGGAACCAGGCCCGGAGGAGGAACCAGGACCCGAGGAGGAACCAGGUCUAGAGGAAGAAGGUGAAGGACUCCUUGAGGAUGAGAAUGCAGCCCUGUCAACAUCCACGAUGGAACCCAUUGAAAUCCAAGGUGUGGAUGAACAUGAGAAAGUCAAAGAAAUUGAAUCUAUGAAUAUUGAACCUGAGAUUGCAAGUGAGCAUUUGGACUUAAACCAACAUGACACAGAUGUCAAAACAAAACCAGACAAGCCUGAGAUGUACAGUGAUGCAGAAAACACAGACCCUGACCAGAUUGUAAUGCCUUUAACAGAAGAAGAGCCAGAAUACAGUGACAGCGUUUUAAGGUUGACUCUGCUUCGAGACCACUUUAAGGAGGAGGACAUGGAGCGAUUUCAAAAGUUUCUGGGUCUCAAGAACCUCUUCAAGGUGGAGGCAUUGUUCUCUGAUUUGGAGGAAGAAUUGAAAGCUGUUCGCCUUUCUCAGAGUGACAACAGUGAGGACAUUGAAAAGGUGCUGGAGGGUAUUCUGGAAGCCUCAGAGAUGCCAAUCCUUGAUGACAUUGAGAAAAUGCUGGAUAGCCGGGAUAAUAAUGUUGACCUUCAACAGAGGGACACCAGUAUGUUUGAUGAAGAGGCAUCCAUCUUUGAUGACUUCCAGGAACUAACAUUCACCCUCCGUCAGAAGUACUCUGCAAUCAGUGACAGUGCUCCCUUGGCAAAGGAGAGACAGUCAAGCAUUGGUACAGACAUAGAUUAUGCUAUAGAGGAAGAGGAUAACGUGACUAUGUCGGAGAACCAACAAAAUAAUGCAUCUGAGGAGUUGAGCCAUGAUGAAAUUCAAAACUCAGCAGACAUAGACGAGGACGGAGGGCACUUUAACAGAAACAAAGACAAUCAGCUAAAUUUCAAAGAUGCAGAGGAAAUGCAGGUUCCUCAACGCAUUCUUGACCACGCUUUUGACAUCGGACUUGGUGUUGAGACAGAGCAACCAUCUUCAGGAUCUUUGGAAUCAACAUCAGCUUCUCAUUUAAAUGAGGAUGGACCACCUACAUCUAAACCAGCCUAUGCUUACAUGCACAAUCUCCUCAGUGUGCUCUUUCAAAAUUGGGGAAAAGUCGUCGAUUUGAUGAUUUCUAACCUGCCAGAAGAAUGGAAUCCAGGUCCAACAUGUAUGGGGUUGCCCUGGCUUCCUGUGUUGACCACUGUAUUUUUAGGUUGCAUCACCAGUAUGUGUUUCAUAUGGAAGAACAUUCUGAUAGUGAGACGCACGGAAUACCUUGUGGAGGAAAAAGACAUCCAGAAACAUCUAGACGAAGUAACCAAAGAAAACACUGCUGUCCUUGCAAGAAUUGAAGAGUUGAAGACACAGUGCGAAUACCUCCGAAACCAACAAAAAAUGUCAAAGGAAUCAGCUGACUCGGCCCUAGAAAGGGUAAAAGAACUUGAGAUUGCUCUGAAGGAGGUUGAAUCGCAUAAUGAACUGCUGGUUGAGGAAUGUGACUCAAUAAUGCGAACAGUUGAUGGUGAAAGGGCAAAGUAUCUGGCCCACGUGGACAAGUCGUCAAAUUAUGAAAAAAACAUCUCUAAGCUGCAACGCAGUAUGAAGAAGACACAGGAUGCUCUCGCUAAGUCCAAAGCUCUUAUGGCGGAGUCAAAGAUCAGAGAAGAUGCUCGCAACACCCUGCACCAGUGUCUCCAAAGGGAUCACACCACACUCAAGGAGGAGAACAGCUCACUGAAAAACACAGCCAAAGAUUUGGAAGAAAAAAACCGCAGAUUGUGCGAACAAAUAAAAGUGUUUAUCAAGUCCCAGAACGAAUAUGAGGACACCAUCGCUCAAAAGGAUCAUAGCAAUGAGGUCCUGACAGAGCUGCUGGUCGACCUGGAGGUCUACGACCUGCAGAAGAGCGACACCAAAGCUGUUGCUAAUGGUGAAGCCGGCACUGUUGCCAAUCGAGCCAGCUCCGUGAAGAAGAGAAUCAAGCAGCUGAUGGAUGUCUCUCAGGUUCAAACCACCCUGUCUGUUGUGGAGGAGGAGCGCAACCGGUUCCAAACCAAACUGCAGAACGAGGAGAAGGAUCGGAAAGCUCUAGAAGAAAAAUACCGGGAGCUGGAACACAACUCCACGUCCCUGAAAAGCGAGAAGAGCCUGAUCGAAAACCAGCUAAAAAUCCUCCAGCAGAAGUACGAGAUCAUGACCGAGAUGUACCAGCAGAAGGAGAUCUCCCUCCAGAGGCGCUUGACCGAUGAGGAACUGGAGCGUCGCGACAAGGAGAUGAAGCUCUCCGAGGUGGACGGGAGGGCCCUGGAAGCAGAGCAGGAAGUGAAGAUCUACCGGCAGAGAAUCAAGGAGAUGGAGGAGGAGGUGAAGAAAACUGAAAAGGCCCUCAAAGUCCAGAUCGCUGAGCAGGAGCGGAAGGCUCAUGAAAACUGGGUUGCUGCCAACACUGCCGAGCGAAGCCUGUCUCAGGAGAAAACUUUGAGGAGGAAUCUCCAUGAGAGACUUGCCUCUCUCUCCAACCAACUGAACGAUCUCCGUGCAUCAAACUCUGGCCACCCUGCUGUCCGCUGUGGUGACUCGUACGGGCCCUCUCCUGUGAGCGGAGGAGCCCCAUCUCCCCCUCUAAUGAUAGAGGGCCCUGGGCGGCCCCUGUCCGCCCCCAUUGGACGCAGGAUUGACCCCUACGGGCAUCGGCUUCCAUUUGAGAAACACACGGUGCCUAACCGUCCAGAUCCUGGCCCACGGACUUCCUCUCCCACCAAUAUGGAGGAUUCGCAGACAGACCCAACACGGUCUGAAUGCCUUGAAACAGGAAAUGAGGUCUCUACUGAGUGUUCAGAGCCAAGUUCCAGGCCGCAGGGACCCGGAUCGUUCCUCGAGUCUCCCAUUAGGGACCUAGGCCCCCUGUCGCAUGGGCCACCUCUCCCAGGGCCACGCCUCCCCCCACCUCUCCCCUUUUCACAUGGCUACCGUCCCCCUCCACCUUCCCAUCUGGCCCCUGGGAUAAGACAGGCCAAUGGGACUGAGGGAAUGCCCAGUGCGGAGUUCCGGUACAGACCUCCUCCUAACGGACACCCAGCAAUGAUGGGAACCCGCCACAGGCCUCUUCUGGGUCCGGGUCCCAUGCGCUUUCCUCCAAACAUCCCACAUCAUCCAGGCCCAGUGUUUGGAGGAGGCCCCCCAGGUCCAUAUCCCCCCUACCACCAGGACCUGCGCUUUCCUGGACCAUGGGAUUACAGCGCCCCUCCCCAGCAGCUGCCCCCUGGAACUGGCCCACCCCCUCCUCAAGAUGGCAGACCGCUGGCUGCUCAAGGCCCCCAGGACCUCCCUGGGGGUCCCCAGCCCAGUGGAGGCCAGGGACAGGACUGCAUAUCCCAGCAGGCAGCAGCCCAGGAUCCAGUCAGGUCAGCUAUGUCUGAGCCUUGAAAAGCAGCUGACCCCUUUUCCACCCUGAACACCCAGUAACAACCCAUCUACACAUCUUUUUUUUUUUUAAGCAGAAGAAAUUAUGGAAGUUCAGAAAUAACAUGUUUAUCCUGUUAAAGCAUCAAAAAUCUGUUAUCUAAAAUGUAUCGGUCUUGAUGAGACUUAGUGAAGCUUGCUACUUUGCAAGAUGGCCUAUUGUGCAAUAACAUUUCUAUUGUAUGCUUGAGGAAUUGUAUAGUUGUUUAGGAAUAGCAAUGAUUUUUUUAAGGGGCAAGAGUUGAUUGCUUAUGUCAUGAUUUCCUGUGGAAGUUAUUUAAAUAGCGAUUUUUGGAACAUUUGUUGCUUGGGUUGUUUAGGACAUUUCAGAAGUACAGGAACUACCACUGUCCCUACGCUGUCUUUACUAUGAAUUGUUGAGACAGAAUAAAGAAAGUUAUGUAAAUGAUGGACAGAUGUAUAACUUAUUUUACUAUGUUCAGACAUUUUAAUAAUAAAGUUAAGUCAUGUACUGAA